GUGAUUUUUGCAUUUGACUGCUCUUUUGAAAUUGAAACAAUUGCUUAUUUGAAUGAAUUUUGAUAUUCUCUAAAUCUAGAAACUGAAAGGCCAAAGGGAACAGGCAAACUAUAAAACUUUACAAUGAAUCUUACAGUUUAAAAGAUGUUGAAGUUGUUACCAUCAGAUGUUCAGUCAAGAUUAAGAUCUGAUAUUGCUAUAACUAGUGUAGCACAAUGUGUAGAAGAACUGGUAUUAAAUUCACUAGAUGCUGGAGCUGUAUGCAUUGCUAUACGUGUAGAUAUGACAUGUUAUACAGUACAGAUUGUUGACAAUGGAGUGGGUAUUUCAAAGGAUGAUUUAAAGUUAGUUGGUCGAAGGUAUUCCACAAGUAAAUGUCACAAAUUAGAAGAUUUAGAUAAUCUGGAAUAUUUUGGAUAUCGAGGAGAAGCUUUAGCCAGUUUACGAGAUAUUUCUACAGCCUUAGAGAUACAUUCCCGCUCACGACAAUCUUCAAUCACCUACUGUAAACUUUUCAAACAUGGCAAAGGUGUGGAUGUUGUGGACUCCAAAUAUCCACGACCUUGUCCCGGAACCACAAUCACCGUCCAUAACCUUUUUUAUAAUCUACCUGUCAGACAGCUAAACAUCAUUGAUGGCUUAGAAUUAGAAAGGAUACGGUAUAGAGUGGAGGGUAUUGCUUUAAUGAACCCAAGUAUAAGUUUCAGUUUAAGAAAUGAUGCAACGGGUCAUGUUCUGUUGCAGACGCAGAAAAGUAACAGCGUUUUAACAGCUUUUAUGUACCUAUUUGGUGGUGGACUAUCUAAAUUUUUGAAACCUGUAGCAUUGACGAAAGAUUGUUUCAGACUUGAAGGUUAUAUAAGUAAGGAUGGCCAUAAUAAAAAGAAUCUUCAAUUUGUUUAUGUUAAUGGCCGUCUGGUUCUCAAGACGAAAGUACAUAAAAUGGUAACCAAAGCCAUGUCCAAUUGUCUUUUAUUCAGAAAGAAAAGAGGAGAAUGGAAGAAUAAUGGAACCCCAAUUAAAAGUCCACUUAAAUAUGGAGAUAAAUAUUCUAUCUUUGUCAUUAAUGUAAAGUGUCCUUAUAAUUCCUACGAUAUCACCUUUGACCCCCGAAAAACUUUAGUGGAAUUUAAAGACUGGGACACGUUAACUAAUGCCGUCGAUGAGUUGGUUAUGAAUUUUUUAAAGGCUGAAAAUCUACUAAGCACUAUUGUGAAAUCUGUAGAUAUCCCUGAAAAUACCAAUAUGUCAAACUCUGAAGAAAACACACCUUUUACACCUGAUGAUAAUGAGAUAUCAAAAAUGCAGAUUGAGGAUAAGGAUGAAAAUAAGCGUAGUGAAGAUCUCGAAAUAAGCACAUAUAAUACUAAUAAUAGUUUGUUUUCAAAAACUGUUCAAAGGCAGCCUGUUGCUAGUAGCAGCAGGGACAGAACUGAAACCAAUAUGGAAGAAGUAAACGAUCAACCAUUAGUGGAGGUUAAUAAUAAUGUAAACGUGUCAGUUAUAGAAUCAAACAGUCAGACAGCAUUAGAAGAGGCUGCAGAUAAACUUCAACUGCAAAUUACACCAUGCGAUAAAGAAUUUACAUCCGAAGAUGAGAUUCCAAUAUCAGCUGGUAACAAAGAAACAUAUUACAGAAAUGUGAAGUCUAGUUCAUCCAGUACUCUUACUAACACCACCUCUGAUAAUGACAGUGAAGAUGAUUUAAACGAACAGUCAGAAGAUCCACUACCAAAUAAGGUCUUAAAUGAAACCAGAAGAAGUGAAAAAUCAACUAAAACUCAAAAAAACGAUUUAAAGGAAGACAAAUGUAAAUUUAUAUCUCUUCCCACCAAAAACGUAGCUGCAGAGUCGGCCAUAAGGAAACUAAGACCCAACACAACACCAAAUAAUGAUGAUGUACAUGUAAAACUCACUGCUGCUCAAAAGAUAAGUGCUAAGUUGAAGGAAAGACAUCAGAUAACAUUGAUCCAAGAUGAACGUCAGCAAAAAAUAUCCAGUUCUUUAGAUAAAUUCAGGAAAAGAAACAAAUUGAACCAGACAACUGUAACCACAGAACUAGAAGAGGGAAGAGAUGCGAAUUCGAAUGGCCUAUUAAAGGAACCAGCAUUCAAUGCACCAAGGAAAAACACUGUCAGAUGUGACCAAUGUACUAAUAAAUUAGUGACUUGUGCUUCUUUUGGAGGUUUAUUUGGUCGACAAAUAGAUAGUGGAAACUUGCAAACUAAUGGAGAAUUGCAUACCACAAAUUUUAACAACAACUUUUGUCAUAGCGAAGCAGGUUAUAUUAAUAAAACAAAAAGUUCUUUGAGUAAGCGAACAAAUCUUGCUGCAGCAGAUGGAUCCUCUGUGCCUAAAAAGUCAAAAUUUAUGACAUCCGAAUCAUUUGUGAUGACACCAAGGACAGCAUUUAUUCAAGUGCGUUCACUGCUUAAAAAAAUGGAGUCUGGAGACAGUUCAACAGAAUCUGAUCAGCCCCAACAGAUGCUUUCUUCUCAGGUACCUUCUUAUUCAUCUCAAACCCAUGAAAACCUGCAACCAAAUGCUGCUUCAACUUCAUAUGUAAGCAUUGAAGAAUCUUCAUUAUUGAAAAGCAGUACCAGUAAAGACAAUGACAGAAAUUUCAAAGUGCCUUUGCCAGUUUUUGAUCACAGCAUGCGGAACGCCUUUACCUCCUUCAGAGCUACCUCAGACAAAGCUAUUAAUCUUUUGACUACCUGUUCAAGCAAGCCUGUUGAGGAGAAAAACCAGAGUAUUUCUCAGUCAUUCACCUCAUGCUCGGAUUGUGAUUUGACUAUAGAAACAGAGAAAAAUGAUAUUAAAUCAUCUCAAGGUUUUGAAGCACACGUUUUUGAAGAGGUCCAGACAGAGAAUGACAUUGACAGGCUCCAAAAUUAUGAGAGCCAAUGUUUUAGUUUUGGAAUUGUCAAGGAGAGUCAAAAAGAGAAGAGUAUUUUAAUGAGCGAUACUGAAAAACAAGAUGGCUACUCAAUGCCGUCUGCUACUGAACAGUCAUUUUCCACUAUUUUAGAAGAAAAUCUGAGUUCUACUAAUGUUGAUCAAGUGUUAUUGACAGAUCAUGUACAAAGUAGUCUUGAAAGAGAGAGUACCAGUAUACCAUGUGGACAAAUAGAAACGUUUCCAUUACAGACAGAUUCUUACUCCAUAACAGACAUAUUAUCAGAUAUUUCGGACAAAUCUCCCAAAAACCAAUGUGAACUGGAUAACAGUAAGACUUUACCUACCAACGACAGAGCUAAUAAAUCUAAACAGGAUGUUCUUGAACCAAAUGUUGUGGAACAGAAAACGACUGAAUCCCUUGAAGAGAAAGUUACCAUGUGUAGGUCUGAUGAUUUAGGAAAUAAUAUGACAGUGGGUGGUGAAAUUAAAGAAAUUAAAGAUUUAGAUGUUGAAAUGUCAAACAGUGAGGGAAAUACUUUACAACUGAUAGCAAGUGAUGUAGAAUAUAUUCAAACAUUGUGGAUUGAAAUGAAAGAUGAUAAUACAGGUAAACAGAUCUAUGUUAAUCGUCACACUGGAAAUUCUAUUUAUGAAACAGAAUGGAAGAAAUUACAAAAAAAUAUAACAAAAGAAGAAAAUAACAAACCUAAGGACAAGAUAACUGAGACAAAGGAGUCUGUAUUAAGCUUAGAUAUAAAUGAGAGUGAGAAACUACAGGAUAUGAUAACACAACAUUUUGAUGACAGUGAAGACAAGUUUAUAAAAUGGAGAAGUAAAACAUCAGACGACAGUUCUGUUGAUCCAGGAAAAACAAGUGUUAAUGACAUGUUUGAAUCAUGGGAGAAUCCAAUUUGUGAAAGAGUUGUUCAGUCAACCGUAAAUGCUGAAGUACAACAUACAAGUAGACCAGGAUUAAAAUCCUAUCAGUCUUUACAUCAGAUUAUAUUUACUAAAGAUAUGUUAUCUUGUAUGGAGGUAUUAGGACAAGUUGAUAUCAAGUUUAUAGCAUGUUUAAUAUCUACACCUAGUAAUACAUCUGCAACAACCCCUAAUCUAUUAGUUAUGAUGGAUCAACAUGCUGCUCAUGAACGAGUUCGCUUAGAACAAUUUACGGCAGAAUUAUUUGAAGAUGAUGAUUGUGAUGUAAUAAAGAGAUCAGAUGUAACACCACCUAUAUCUCUAGAUCUGACACCAGAAAUAGUACGAGUAGUUAACUCAUUUCAACAGGAAUUCCAACGAAUAGGUAUAAAAUUCUCAGGUAAUGACAAGAAUAGAAAUCAGAUAAAGCUACAUACGAUACCUGCUUGUAUAGUUGAAAGAGAGGCUAACGAACUCAAGAGAGGUAAAAGAUCAAUAGCUACAGAAUUUGUUCAGGAACUCAUCUCUGAGCAUGUUGAGUAUCUACAGAAUACAAGUGGUGCUAGAAGAAGGUUACCUCUUGCUCUACAUAAAAUACUAGCUACAAAAGCUUGUAAAGGUGCUAUUAAAUUUAAUGAUAAUUUAUCUAAAAGACAAUGUCAGGAGUUAAUUACAGCUCUGUCUAAAUGUGAUUUACCAUUUCAAUGUGCUCAUGGUCGUCCAUCAGUUAUACCACUAUUUGAGUUAGAUCAGCAUUAUAAACAUAAUAAUCAGGUAAAACCACGCCCUAGACUUGACAAUCUGAUGAAAGGUAUUAACCUGACUACCCAGUAAAGAAUUCUGAUACAAUUUAACCAAUACAAGUGAUAAAUAGAGAGAGGUGUAUUAAAUUUGGUGGAAUAAAGAUUGAUAUUAUUUGCAAUCUGGCAACAAACUACUUAAAUAAGAUUAAAACAUAGAUAUGACGUCACCCUUUGAUGUUUUUAACUAGUAUAUAGGAGAAUGUACGCUUUUCUUAAACAAUCGUCUAUUAUUUAUAAAACUGUCCAUUAUUUAUUGAAAAUAAUGGACAUGUUUACCAAUAAAAGAGACUUAUCUGAAAAAUGAACAUGUAUUUUGGGAUAAUUCUCUGAACAAAUUAAAUUACAGAACAUGAAAUUACUUUAAAACCUCAUAGUUACCGAAAUGUCACAUGACCGAAUGUUGAUUUUACGUGUUUGUCGACAUAAAGAAUUCCACUUAAAUCCGUCCGUUAUAUGUCACACUUUCGUUUAAUAGUACGUUCGGCACUAUAUCGGUGAUACGUUUGUAUACGCCCACAUUUUCACAUUUUCUUUGUGGACACUUUACAGGUCAUAACUUGAAAUAUAGGUAUAUAAACUGAACCAUGUGUGUUUAUAACCCAAAGAUCAAAUAUCGAGUACAUUACCAAUGUAAUGAGUAUCCAAAUGCUUAUCACAUAUAUUCUCAUUAUUAAUAUUUGUUUUCGACUGUGUUACUGUUAUAAACAUGUCAUCUCCAUGUCGAAUAUUUUGGACUGUCUGUGUAUGCUUGCAUUGUAUGACUGGAGUGUUUUGUCACAUGCAUUCAUGAACAUGUGCAUAUAUCCAUUAUUUUGUGGCUUGUUCUUUUAGAAAACUAUACAGUACUUGUAUCUCUAUGAUGCUAAUGCCCCUCAGUUGUUCUUUCUAUUUACAUAAUGGACAGUCUUCGAUCAUUAUCUAUCACUUACAAUUUCAUUAUAGAAUUUCAAAAUGUCCAGAUCGUAGCAAAUCCAAUUCAACAGGUUGCUGAUAUUACCAUUCUUAAAGUCCAAACAUCACAAUAUUCGACCGGAGUGUCCAUCAAGGAUUGAUAAUUUUUUUUAGAUCUAAUUUAAUUCAACACUUUAUUUUAACCGAUAUAGGGAUAUUUUCUAUGCAUGUUAUAAUACUUAAAGAUACAUUAUGUAAGAUUUAGAUAAAGAACUGGCCGUUCUUGCUAUAAUAGUUCAAAAAUAGAUGAUGGCAAAUGAAUUAAAAUUUCAUUCAAAUUACUUUAUUCUGAUCGAUUUACGCUUUUACAAGAUAUGGCAUUAUUUGUUUAUUAUCGUUGCAACCUUACUAGUGAUUUAGCCUCGAUUUGCCAUUUUUAAAUUAAAUUAAAUUAAUAAAUAGGGACCUUGUUUUAAUCUAUUUAAAUCUCCACCAUGCGAUGAUCUAGAGAGUUGAUUAUAGGUUUGUCAUGUGAAUAAAUGUCUAGAUAAUGGGCAGAUUUAGCUCUUACAUAAUGCAUCUUUAAUAUGUGUGAAAUCCCAUUAUUUUGUGAUAUUUAAUUUCCUGUGAUCAUUACAGUUAUGUUUUGUUUAUUUAUUGAAUUAAUUUAUUUAUUUGUUAUAUAUUGUUAAUGAAUGCAAUGCUGUGAUUCAACCACUCAAUAAAAUUUGUGAUACAUGU